AUGGAGGACUCUCCCUCGGUAGCUGCUGAGGAGAGGCCAUGGGCGGACGCUCAUUGGCAUAGAACUCUGCUCCGAGAACAGCUCGAGGAGCGGGAACAUCGUGCAUUCUGGCGGCGGCCAGCACCCUGGUGGCAGGCUUUCCUCUUUCCGCUGAGUCUGCUCGGAAUAACCCUAUCCACGCCUGCCAAAUUGGAGUUCAUCAACACCAUUGCAUGUCGUGAUAUAUACGGCUUCGUUUUAUCUGCAGCUACCAGGCCUGAGAGGUUACCGUGUCUGGAAGACCCAAAGGUGCAAGCGAGUGCAGCGACGAUCAUCGCAGCUAUCAACGUCAUCAUGGGCGUGCUAAACUGCUGUACGGCUCCUGUGUGGGGUACGUUAUCGGACCGGCGCGGCCGGAUGUUUGUGCAACGCAUAUACGCGCUGGGCCCUCUCUUGUCUGAUCUGGUGUUUCUAUUUGUCAUCCUUACCCCCGGCAUCCAUGGAGGGCGCUGGAUAAUCAUAUGUACAGGAAUCAUCGAUGGUUUCUUCGGACUGGGGACCCUUACCACGGCUCAAGCAUACAUCGCCGAUACCGCCGACACCGCAAGUACUUCGCGCUGGUACUCUCUUCUCAUAGGAGCCUAUUACGCCGGUUCAGGCUUGGGCCCUUUACUGUCGGCCUUCAUCGCACGGGACUUCGGUCCCGUAUCUGUCUUCUAUGCCGGCGCUGGUGUCCACCUUCUCUUCCUCUUCCUCGUCUGGUUUGUGAUACCCGAAUCCUUAGUACCGGCUCAGAUAGAAGCGGCUCAGCAACAGUAUGCCCGGGAUCUGGAACUACACAAUGCUGCAUCGGGCGGUCUUUGGGCGGACACCAAGAAAGCGGCGUUAAACGUCAUAGAGCCCUUGGCCGUCUUUCUGCCGUCCUCGUUUUCAUUUGGGAUCCCAUCUAUCCGUCUACCUACAAGAUCCUGGGGGCUUUUCAUCAUCGCUAUGGCUUACCUCCCGGACAACUUGCUUACAGGUGCGGGCGCAUUCUACCUUCAGUAUGGCAUGGGUUCCUUCGGAUGGGGCACUGCUGAGCUUGGACUGGUCAUCAGCGCGAACCAAGUUUCGAAGGCGGCCUACCUUAUGAUUCUACUCCCGCUCAUCAUCAAGCUCCUGCGACCUGCCGACUCUAUCUCGCCCGCGACAUCCCGUGAUGUAUCCCUAACGCGAAACACGGAGAGUACGCCUCUGAUAGAGCCAUCUGCCACGCAUGCAUCGAAGCAUAGAGAUCGCGGUUUGCGUUGGGAUCUUGGCUUGGCCCGCGUAUCACUGCUGUUCCAGAUCUCGAGCUUGACCAUCAUGUCUCUUUCAACCCGUUCCAUCACAUACGGACUAGGGAUCACCUCCGUCGCACUUGGCGCGGCGUUCGUCCCAACAGCGCAAAGCUUUUCGCUCGAGCUCUAUCGGCGCCGAGGUGGCACCGAGUCGGGAAGACUAUUCGGGGCACUGAAUGUUGUAUCUUCGCUAGGGCAGCAGAUCCUUGGACCUGGCCUUAUGGGUCUCAUCUACUCGAGAAGUGUAGAGUCAAUGCCCAAGCUCAUAUUCUACGCCGGCAUGGCCAUCGUGUUUGACGCAUUCAUCUUGAUGUUGUUCGUACACGUACCGCCAGACUAUUCGGAUAAGGCGGAAGAGGCCAGGGAGGCAGUGGAGUAG